AUGGCAGAUUUCGAAGCCAAGAAACCCAUUAAAAAAUCCGCGGACUGGAAUCUCUUGCACCUAUCUGAAUGUCUCGAGGAUCGCCAUAUCAAGCACUGUAUCGCUGCCGACGCUGUCCUCACAACUCUCAAUCACCCGCUCGUCAUUUGUCAACUUUACCUCGCGGUCGCGGAUGAGCAACUUGAAGAUGCUCUCGCAGUCAUGCUUCAACAAGGACUCCAGCAACGCCCAGAACACGACACUUAUGUGGAGGAGGACGCGACCAUUGCUCCUCUGGGCUGGCCAGGAUAUACCCUAGAGUGGCCUCACGCAUCUGUCCUCGCUGCCGGGGUCUCUCUCGUUCCCUCCAGUUUUUGGCAUAUGGACCUCUCAGAAGCGAGCCUAUCGAAAAGCACAUUCCUACAUCCCACUACUCGAUGCCGAUUUCCAACGCGGCUAUUUUAUCUGGAUUCUGUGAUCAGUGCCCUCGUGAAAUCUUCAUUGGAAUCUGGCCACAACAGGUCUAUCGCUCGGUACUUCCAGAUGCAGUAUCACUAUUUAGUCGACUGGCUCUCUUGGCAGUCCCCGGGUAUUCUUCUCAGGCUACCGCCGUGUGAUAAGUUCUUUGUUGACUUAUAUGGCACACCCCUUCCACCGAAAACCCGGAAAAGAGUCUGUUUGAACAGGCAGCAGAUUCAACUGGGCGUAUUAACUGUGGAAAAUGCAUGGAAGUCAAUGCCGAUGAAGUUUAUCGAGACGAUAAAGAAGAUCGAGGCAGACAGGCAGCAGAAGAUGCGGCGCAAGGCUGCUGAAGUGGGCGCAACCUGA